AUGGCCAAACGAACAAAGAAGGUUGGAAUUGUCGGUAAAUAUGGUACCCGUUAUGGUGCCUCAUUGAGGAAACAAAUCAAAAAGAUGGAAAUUACACAACAUUCAAAAUAUACUUGUAAUUUUUGUGGCAAGGAUACCGUCAAGAGAAAAGCCGUAGGUAUCUGGCAUUGUCGUGCAUGUAAAAAAGUAUUAGCAGGCGGUGCAUGGACCGUUUCAACCACCACGGCCGCUACAGUACGUUCAACUGUUCGUCGUCUUCGAGAAAUCAUGGAAUCUUAA